GGUCAUCACUCUCGAAUUUUGGUAUAAAAAGGUGGGAAGGCUGCGUUUGAAAGUAUCAGUUCACCAACUGUUUCAACGAAACGCACACGUGCUCCAACAUGAAGUUCAUCAUCCUAGUUGCUCUGUUUGCCGCUGCUGCUGCCGAUUCCUACAAACCGGCGGAGUAUGCUCCCAAAUACGAGGUACCCAAAUACGAGGCACCAAAGUAUGAGGUCCCUAAAUACGAGGAGCCAAAAUACGAAGCACCAAAGUACGAGGAGCCAAAGUACGAAGCACCAAAGUACGAGGAGCCAAAGUACGAGGAGCCAAAGUAUGAGGCACCUAAAUACGAGGCACCUAAAUACUACGAGGCUCCUAAAUACGUAACCCCCAAGUACGAGGCUCCUAAGUACGAGGCUCCUAAGUACGAGGCUCCUAAAUACGAGGCUCCUAAAUACGAGGCUCCGAAGUACGAGGCUCCUAAGUACGAGGCUCCUAAGUACGAGGCUCCUAAGUACGAGGCUCCUAAGUACGAGGCUCCUAAGUACGAGGCUCCUAAGUACGAGGCUCCUAAAUACGAGGCUCCCAAGUACGUAGCCCCCAAGUACGAAGCACCUAAAUACGUAACUCCCAAGUACGAGGCUCCCAAGUACGAGGCUCCCAAGUACGAGGCUCCCAAGUACGAAUCACCCAAGUACGAAUCACCCAAGUACGAAUCACCCAAGUACGAAUCACCCAAGUACGAAUCACCCAAGUACGAGGCUCCCAAGUAUGAAACUCCUAAAUACGAAGAAGUGAAAUACGCCCCCCAGCCAUACAGCUUCGGUUAUGACGUUAAGGAUUCCGAGACCUACAAUGACUUUGACCACUCCGAGAAAUCUUACGACAAAGUCACCACUGGAUCUUACCGUGUUGCUCUCCCCGACGGCCGCACCCAGAUCGUCACCUACCGCGCUGAUUCCAACGGAUACACCGCUGAUGUGAAAUACGAAGGCGAGGCCAAAUACCCCGAAUACGAGGAGACACAAUACAAGGCACCCGCCUACACCGCCCCAGCCUACAAGGAGCCGGAAUACAAAGCACCCGCUUACCCUGCCCCGGCCUACAAGGCUCCCGAAUACAAAGCCCCAGCCUACAAGGCUCCCGAAUACAAAGCCCCAGCCUACAAAGCUCCCGAAUACAAAGCCCCUGCUGCCUACCCUAAAUAUUAAGUUAACUUCAGUCAUGCUGUAAGUUCAACAACGAUUAUUUAAAUAAAGAGAGCUCUUUAGCUAUUUCCGCACAAA